CCGUUCUCACAGACGCUGCCCCUAGGAGCGCGGAACUACAGGUCCCAGGGUCCCUUGCGGCCGCCGUAGUCAAGUGCCCGGUGGAAUUGGCCCAGGAUGACAGCUGGAGAAUGGAGUCAGUUUUAUCCAAGUAUGAAAACCAGAUUACUAUUUUUGCUGACUACCUAGAAGAAUUUCCAGAUUCAGAUGAGCUGGUAUGGAUCUUGGGGAAACAGCAUCUCCUCAAAACGGAAAAAUCUAAGCUGUUGUCUGAUAUAAGAGCUCGUCUAUGGUUUACAUACAGAAGGAAAUUUUCACCAAUUGGAGGAACAGGCCCUUCAUCAGAUGCUGGCUGGGGAUGUAUGCUACGCUGUGGACAAAUGAUGCUGGCCCAGGCGCUUAUCUGCAGACACUUGGGAAGGGACUGGAGCUGGGAGAAACAGAAAGAACAACCCAGAGAAUACCAACGGAUCCUCCAGUGCUUCUUAGAUAGAAAGGACUGUUGCUACUCUAUCCAUCAAAUGGCACAGAUGGGUGUAGGAGAAGGGAAAUCAAUUGGCGAAUGGUUUGGACCAAAUACAGUUGCACAGGUAUUAAAAAAACUUGCUUUGUUUGACGAGUGGAAUUCCUUGGCUAUUUAUGUUUCGAUGGAUAACACUGUGGUCAUUGAAGAUAUCAAAAAAAUGUGCUGUGUCCUCCCCUUGAGUGCAGACACAAUUGGUGAGAGCCCUCUCAACACUCUGAAUGCUUCAAACCAGAGUAAGAGUGCUCCUGCCUCCUGCCCAGCCUGGAAACCCCUGCUGCUCAUCGUGCCCCUUCGCCUGGGCAUAAACCAAAUCAACCCUGUCUAUGUUGAUGCAUUCAAAGAGUGUUUUAAGAUGCCACAGUCUUUAGGGGCAUUAGGAGGAAAACCAAAUAACGCCUAUUAUUUCAUAGGAUUCUUAGGCGAUGAGCUCAUUUUCUUGGACCCUCAUACAACCCAGACUUUUGUUGACACCGAAGAGAAUGGAACGGUUGAUGACCAGACUUUCCAUUGCCUGCAGUCCCCACAGCGAAUGAACAUCUUGAACUUGGAUCCUUCCGUCGCACUGGGAUUUUUCUGCAAAGAAGAAAAGGACUUUGAUAGCUGGUGUAGCCUCGUGCAGAAGGAAAUUCUAAAGGAAAAUUUAAGGAUGUUUGAACUGGUUCAGAAACAUCCAUCGCACUGGCCUCCCUUUGUUCCACCAGCCAAGCCAGAAGUGACAACCACUGGGGCAGAAUUCAUUGACUCCACCGAACAACUAGAGGACUUCGACCUAGAGGAAGAUUUUGAGAUCCUGAGCGUCUAAAAGAGUAGAACCUCGAUGUGGAGGUCUGUCUUCCAUCUGGCACCAGAGGAACAUGAACCCAGUACACAAAACUUCUCUAUAGUCAGCAAGUGCCUGAUAUGCCAAGAGCAUACAAACUUGAUAGCAAUCAUGAGUGAGCCAAUCACCAUUUUUCAGAAAACAAACAAUAACAACCCUUCCCCAGAACGAACUAGAACAAUCAUGGAGUGUAGGAGCAGAAAGAUUAGGAGUCAUCUCUUGCUUCCCAGCUUGUCUUCCCUGGCCAUGGCGAGACUUCAGCUACUGAAAUGAGGAGGUGGUAGCUGGGAGAGAGACAGCAACUCACACCUUGCUUCAAGCACCAGCAGAGGAGAGAUGGUUACCCCAUGCUUCUUCACCUUUCAGGCGUGACCUCUUUUGGGCUGAAUACUAAGAAGCAAUCUGUUCUCUUGCUCUAAAAAUAAAGUGAUUGCAUCAGG